AUGAAUUACUGGAACAUGUCUUCCACCUCCGGUACAAUCGCACAUCUGGUUCAAUCCAAUAACACUCUGUCAGCAGAAAUUGAUAUCGCCGCUCAGUCUACGGUCAUGCGCAUCAAGGAAGACGGAACACUCAUCGUAGAUCCCUUGGAGCUGAUCAAUUGCUCACAGUACGGGAAUGCGGCUCGAAAUUCGGAUCCUAUGAUUGGAGCUCGCAUCAACAAACUUGCUCGCAAGGGUAACAGUGUCUCGAUCAAAGAUCCUGUUGCGAUUUAUAUGCAAAAAUUCGACACCAGUACACUUGUCCUUGUUAAGUCUGAAGAGAACCAAGUCCCUCUUCCCGAUGGUGUCAUUACCUGGGUUCGUGGUGCACCACCAAUGGGUCUUCGCCUUCACAUUCAGAUUCCGACUGGCAUGUUAAACGAUGCAGGUGAUCAGCUGACUGUAAGCGAUAUCUUCGAUACUCAAACACAAAAUUUCAUCAAUCAUGGAGCGCAAUUUGCAGAUUACAUCACCAUGGGCGUUUCUGGGGUUGUUGUCGGCAAUGCCGCGGUGGCUGAUUCUAUCACUUGCCCGUGUGCGAAAAACAAUGGGGAUAUCAUGCCCGAAAAGGGGACAUUUGAUGGAAUUAUUAGGGAUCCACGGGGUGUGGAGCAACAUAGGCUCCCUAUGUACAAAUUUAGAGUUCGUUGA